GCGGGUGCGGUUCGUGCUCCCCGCUCCUCCCGGCCGGGGCGAGGCAGCAGCGCCGGGAUCAGACCGAGCGGUGCCCGCGGGGAGCGCCGGGCCCAGAUGGCUGAGCACACCAGCAGGGGCCUGCAGGACGUGCUGGGCUCUUCUCCUGAUGAAAAUGAGCUUCCUGUUGGAUACCCCACCAGCAUCUGCCAGGAUGUGCCUGGCCAGAAGUACCUGUGCAGCAACUGCAACAACAUCCUGAAGAAGGCCCUGCAGACGCUGUGUGGGCAUAGGUACUGCUCUGCCUGCCUCGCCUGGAUCCUGAGAAACAGCAAAAAUGCAAUCUGCCAGAAAUGUAAGGAGGAAGAUCCCGACACUCUGAGUGAGGAAAGCCUGCUGGCAGAAGAAAGGGCUUUUGGUGAUGCUGCCAUUAAUAAAGAGAUCUCUGAACUCAAAGUCCACUGUGUGACCCUUGGGUGCAGCUGGUCUGGUAUCAUGAAAGAUUUUGAAGAGCAUCAGAGCUUGUGUGAAUAUGCUUUAAUCCCUUGUCACACUGGUUGUGGGCACGUGGUGAUGAGGAAAAAACUGGCAGAUCACUUGGAAAAUGGCUGUGUCAAUAAUGUGACGGUGUGUCAGCAGUGCCAGCGCAGCUUGUCCAGCUCUGAGUACCAAGAACACUCCUGUGAAGACAAUCUGUGUAAGGAACAAAACCACCUGCAGACAGAAGCGGCACCCAAGGAAAAGAGCCUCUCCACACCCUCAGCCCCCAAGGGUGGGUGCCGCUUCUCUGAAGUGGGCUGUUCAUUUAGGGGAAGCAAGGAGAAGAUGAAGGAGCACGAGAAAGCUGCAGUUGGGGCCCACCUGCUGCUGCUGCUGCAGCACCUGAGGCAGCUGAAGGAAACCCUGUGCUCUGCUGCCAAGGCUACCCAUGGUGCCACCCCCCAGCAGGAGCUGAACGGGAACAGGGCAGGAAAAAUCAUCUCCAGCCUGCAGAUCCCAGCAGGGCUGGGCACAGGGGGGGAUCUGGAAGUGGACUGUCUCCCUGGAGCUUCUGUUUCUGAGGAUGAGUCCGUCCUGCAGCAGCUGGUGAGGGAGAAGGUGGUUUCUGAGCUGGAGAACAAGCUGCAGGUGUUUGAGAACAUCGUGGCAGUGCUCAAUAAGGAGGUGGAGAGCUCCACCAUGGAAAUCAUGGCCUUCCGCAGGCAGAGCGAGCUGGACCAAAACAUCAUCCGAGGCCUCGAGCUGAAGAUCGCGGAGCUGCAGCGGUGCCUGACGCAGAAGGACGCCGGGCUGAGCAGCCUGCACAAGAGCCUGCUGUUCUCAGAGCAGGCCUCCUACGAUGGCACCUUCCUCUGGAAGAUAACAGAGGUGGGCAGGAAGCUCCAGGACUCCGUGACUGGCAGGACAACGGGGUUGUACUCACCAGCUUUCUACACUGCGAGGUACGGCUACAAGGUGUGUCUGAGGGUGUAUCUGAACGGGGAUGGCACCGGGAAAGGGACCCACCUGUCCCUGUUCUUCGUGGUCAUGAAAGGAGACUACGACGCUUUGCUCCCCUGGCCUUUCAGGCACAAGGUGACGUUUAUGCUGCUGGACCAGAACAACAGGGAGCACGUCAUCGACGCCUUCCGGCCCGACUUGGCGUCCGCGUCCUUCCAGCGGCCGGUGCACGACAUGAACGUGGCCAGUGGCUGCCCCACCUUCCUGCCCCUGGCCAAGCUGCAGUCCCCCAGACACGCCUACGUCAAGGAGGACACGCUUUUCCUCAAGUGCAUCAUAGAGACCAACUAGCAGGGCUUGGGA